AUAUCAGUUGACAAUUCAAAUCGGGAAGAAAUGUCUUAUUUCAUAUCAUUACUCCUUAUUUUUGGAACAAUUGCGUUGACUAACGCCGAUGAUGAUGUUCGUACUUUGAGUAACCCCGUGAUACAAACGUCCCAUGGGAAAAUUCGGGGAGCAACGCGCAGCAAGUCAAUCCGACCAGGUAUAAAGCCUAAUGACACUUUAACAUUCACAGAAUAUCUAGGGGUACCAUAUGCCAAAGCGCCCCUGGGUUCUCUAAGAUGGAAACUACCUGAGACCCCAUCACCUUGGAAUGAGACAAAAGACGCGGUUGGAUAUAGCGAUAAUUGUUACCAGGCUCCGUUAGAUACUAAAUUCGGAAACAUUUCGGAAGAUUGUCUUUAUUUGAACAUCUGGAGCACGCUUGAUUACACCCAGGACUCGGCUGUUAUUGAAAAUCAGAACCUGAGUGUGAUGUUUUUUGUCCACGGGGGUGGCUUCAAAACAGGCUUUGCCAGGUUCUUCGGCGGAUAUCUCGCCGAUGCGGAGAAUGUGAUUGUCGUGGCGGCCAACUACAGAUUGGGUUUGUUUGGAUUCAUGACGACAGAGGACGCCACUAUACCUGGUAACUAUGGCAUGCACGACUUGAUUAAAGCCCUGGAAUGGGUAAAGGCUAACAUUCGAAUGUUCGGCGGAGAUCCAGACUCCGUGACAAUCUUUGGUGAAUCAACUGGUGCAGGCGCUGUAUCACAUUUGAUGCUCUCUCCAUUGACCAAAGGCUUGUUCAAAAGAGGGAUCGCAGAGAGCGGCGAGGCUACAUCUCCUUUUGCGUUUGGCGUGAACUAUCAACGUCUCGUAACAAUGGAGCUGUCAAAUAGGGUCGGAUGCGGGGAGAUAGUUAACGAAGCGAUGAGGACCUGCAUGGAGUUGGUUCAAGCCGAGACACUUCAGACAACACUAAGCGCUAUACAACAAGAGAUGCAGCCGAGGAAUGACAGCAAGGCUGAUUUCUACCCGACCAUUGAUGGUUUUUUCAUGAAAGACACGCCUUUGAAUGUCCUUAAAAGUGGGGACUUUGAGCCACGAGACUAUAUCACUGGAUUUAACAGUCACGAAAGUUACUUUCUAUGGUUCAUACAGUUUUCCGCAGGUUUCACAACCUCUUUGAAGGCUGGUUUAACUGAAGCGCAAAUGGACACAAUGCUUAAGGGCAACGUUAAAUACUUGGACAAUAAUGACAUAACGACAGGAAAUAACUUUUUUAAAACGGUCAAGCAGUUUUAUGGGGAUUUUGAAAGCCCUCCAGAAAUGCUAUCCCAGAAACGCAGCGUUGGUUUUUAUAACUUCUUAACUGAUUUCCUUUAUGGUGCGCAAAGUCAGCGUUUUGCCGAUUACUUCUCGAGGAAAUCCAGGGUGUAUAGUUAUUACCUUAGUGCCAAGGUCUCCCCGGAUAUGCGCAUUCUCCCCGGGGAUCCUAGUGGGCCGCCCGAUUACGUUCUCUCAAGUCAUGGGGAUGAUUUGGCGUUUGUAUUUGGUGGCGCAAAGUAUAUUUCGUCCUUGAAUGCCACAUUGGAGGAACAGAAUCUAAGUACAAAGAUGAUGCGUGCUUGGGCGAAUUUUGCCAAAACUGGGAAUCCGAAUCCAACAAACACCAGCAGCGCCCCCUUUGCUGCCCAAGAUGACUGGCCGGCCUACAAUGAGACACAUAGGUGGUAUUACUCAUUAACGACACCUAGUGUGAACAAUAAAGCUUUGAAUGGAGUCAUACCUGGAAGAAUGGCUCUCUGGAAGGACUUUAUAUGGGAGGUCAUAGAUCGACCACAAGCGGAAUGUCAAGCUCCCUCGACACCAUCUUCACCGUUUACAUCAUCUGCAUCAUCUUUAACGACGCCAACAGUAUCUAGCGCAUCCACAUCAAACUGUGAGAGCGCCUGCACGGCACAGCUACGGAAGGGUGCCGGAGUAUCAAUUCAGCCCAGUCAAGUUGGAGCAGUGAUAUGGUCGCUCACAGGUCUUAGCGGCGUCCUGUUAAUCACGUGUAUUAUAUUGCUGACCCGGGUAUGCUCUAAGAAGACAUCUCAGAUUAGAAACAUUGACUAUGAGGAAGAACUCAGAGAACGUCGAUAAUUGACCACUUUUCAUAGGAGCCAUAUAUGAGGCAGGCGAGGCAAUAGCCUCAUCAAAAUUUUAAAGAAAAUAUUUUCAGACAUUUUUAGCUCACAUGCUGAACUUUUGCAAUCACUCACUUGUCCGUCUGUCUAUCCGUCCGUCCGUUCGUUCGUCUGUUUCUGCAUUAAUUCAACCAACCAAC